GGAGCAUAAACAAUGACCCAUAAGAAGUUAUAUAACCAAUAACCAUAGGACCAAAUGAAUACAAGUGGUUUGUUUAGACUUUGGUCCAAAAGACUCCAAAUAAUCAAGGGUCUUAAACCUUAUAACUCCAUUACUAUUUAACCUUAAAUACAAUAAUAUGACCCACAAAGUGUUAGAAAAUUCGCCGGCAGAAGAAUUGUUCUUGUGCUUUGGGCUCUGUAAAAACACUUAAAAAUCACCAAUCAUUUUAAUCUCAACCCAUCAAGAUUCAACAACAAUCUUUUUGCCCAGAUCUUAACGCCCAUUUCCGAGAUCUUCUUCUCUUGAAACCGAUUAAAGCAACGAUCUUUUUACAUUAUUAGGUGGUUGGACAUCAUUCAAUAUUCAAAUAGUCUUAAGUUUGAUGUAAACUUGAGUAGUAUUGAAUUGGGUAUAAACGUUAAACGUGUGAUGCGUGAUCUUAACAUUUAGGCAGGCGGAUCAGAUAGACACGUGGCACAUGAAAGAGAUGCAGAGUGUGCCUCCGCCUCGUCAUCAUCGAGCUCGAUUAAAGAAGCCAACUUGGAUUAUCAUAUUAGUUUCAUUUGUUUGUGUUUUCUUAGUUUUUGCUUAUAUUUAUCCGCUUCAAAACUCGGGUGCGUGUUAUAUCAUUUUGUCGUCAAGUUGUAACACGAUUUAUAGUUGGCUUCCGCCCCCUGCUAGAGAGUUUAGUGAUGAUGAGACUGCUUCGCGUGUUGUUAUCAAGAACAUUUUGGAUUUACCGUCGAUUGAAUCGAAUAAUCCCAAGAUUGCGUUUAUGUUUAUGAGCCCUGGAUCGUUACCUUUCGAGAUGUUGUGGGAAAAAUUCUUUGAGGGACAUGAAGGUAGAUUUUCUGUCUAUAUUCAUGCAUCCAAAGCAAAGCCAGUACAUUCUAGUCGAUAUUUCAUUAAUCGUGAAAUUCGCAGUGGCAAGGUAGAUUGGGGGAAAAUUUCUAUGGUUGAUGCAGAGAAGCGACUUCUCGCAAAUGCACUGAAAGAUCCAGACAAUCGUCAUUUUGUAUUACUUUCCGAUAGCUGUGUACCGUUGCGUGAUUUCGAUUACGUGUACAAUUAUCUUAUGUACACAAAUGUCAGCUUCAUCGACAGCUUCGAUGAUCCCGGACCACAUGGAAGUGGUCGAUACUCGGAGCAUAUGUUACCUGAAGUCGAGAAGAAAUUCUUUAGGAAGGGCGCCCAGUGGUUCACUAUGAAGCGUCAACACGCGGUUAUAGUUACGGCUGAUAAUCUCUACUACACGAAAUUUAGAGAUUACUGCAGACCGGGUAUGGACGGACGCAAUUGCUAUGCCGACGAGCACUAUUUGCCAACCUUUUUCCAUAUGCUUGAUCCGCACGGGAUUGCAAACUGGUCGGUAACACACGUCGACUGGUCUGAAGGAAAAUGGCAUCCGAAAUCUUACCACGAGCAAGACAUCUCAUACCAACUAAUAAAAAAUAUAACGUCGAUUACCGAGAGUGUUCAUGUUACAAGUGAGGAAAAGAAGAAAACUAUGGUUAUGCCAUGUAUGUGGAACGGGAUCAACCGACCAUGUUACUUAUUUGCAAGAAAAUUUAAGCCCGAUACUCUACACCGCAUGAUAGAUCUAUUCACGAAUCAAACGAUGUUUUAAGCAUGGUGACGAGUUUUGUUAUGAUUUUUGGGUCGAAUCAAACUCGUUUGGUUUGGUCUGGUCUGGUUUGACACGUUUUCACAUUGUUGUGAAGUUCUUAAAAAGUCAAGACUCGAAUGAGUCGGUAUCGUGAAUAGAGGUUGGAAACCGCUGUUUAUCGAGUGAUUUUGAUUGGCCAAUUAUUUAAGGCUACAUAUGUGUUGUAUCUAUUUUGAGAGUUUGAUGUAAAAGCCAUUGCAAUGGCUCAACAUUGUUAGCUGAAUCAAAGAGAUGAAAAGCUUGUACGAUCAGAUUUUUUU